AUGACCAUAUUCGACGAGAUCAAGCACGUCCAGAGGCUAGCCGAGGCCGAAGCUGCAGGAGAUCCCAAUGCUCACAAUCAACUGCUGGCUGCGAUUCGCAAGCUUCAAUUGGCAGCCGAAAAGCCGAUUGACACAACUUCUCGAGUAAACUUUCAAAUUAUGCAAAAUAUCUGCGUUCGAGUAGCAAUCGAAAGGAAGCUGCUGCACGCGAUAGCGGCGAGGAAUGGAGAACCCAUCACAUCGACCGAACUGUCGCGUGUGACGGAUACCGAUGAGCUCCUAGUUGUCCGUGUAAUGCGCGUGCUGACCGCAAUUGGGUUCGCCAUUGAGACGGCCAACCAGACAUACGCGGCGAAUGACACGACCCAUUUUGAGAUCCUCCCUGGAUCAAUUGCCGCAGUUAAGCAUCAGUACGGAGCAAAACUGGUCGAGUACAUGCGUGGGCCAGGCAUUUCCCAGUUCGCCGAUGAACCAGGGCAGCAAACACUCUUCAAGUACGCACACGGAUUUGACAAAAUCUUCGGCAUGCUCGAACAAAACCCAGAACAAAAGCAGGCGUUUGACGACUACAUGGCCUCUCGACGGUUGAUCAACCAGCCGCAGUGGUUUGAAAUCUAUCCUGCUGCCGAGAAACUGCGGCCUGUCCGAGACAGUCCAGAUUCUGUUCUGCUGGUCGAUGUUGGAGGCGGACCAGGACAGGAAAUGUCGCGUUUCAGACAGCGUCACCCGGACGUUCCGGGGAGACUCAUCUUGCAAGAUCUGCCUCUGACGCUCAAUCGGCUUGAGACGAUACCAGAGGGGAUUGAGCCAAUGGAGCACGAUUUCUUCAAUCCGCAGCCGGUCAAAGGUGCCCGGGCUUAUUUCUUCCGGCAAGUGCUGCAUAACUGGUCCGAUGCCAAAAGUAAGCAGAUUCUGUCGCAUAUCGCCGAUGCCAUGGAGCCGGGAUACUCCACCCUGCUGAUUGACGACUAUGUGUUGCCGGAUACCGGGGCCGAGCUGAGAGCAGCUGAGAUGGAUAUUCUCAUGUGGUUGCACACGGCCGGUCUCGAGCGAACUGUCUCGCAGUGGAGGGCUUUAUUCGAUGCGGUAGGUCUCGAGCUGGUGCAGAUCUGGAAUACCGACAAGGGCGACGAGUCGGUGCUAGAAGUGAGAAAAAGGCUGUGA